AUUCUCCAGCGAGGCCCUGCGGGCUCUCUUCUCUGUUCCAGGCUGUUCUCCCACGUGGGGGACCCCUUCCUGGAUGACCCCCUGCCCCGGGAGUACGUCCUCUACCUCCGCCCCACCGGUCCCUUAGCGCAGAAGCUUUCGGACUUCUGGCAGCAGUCGAAGCAGAUCUGCGGCAAGAACAAGGCUCACAACAUCUUCCCCCAUAUCACCCUCUGCCAGUUCUUCAUGUGUGAGGACAGCAAGGUGGAUGCCCUGGGGGAGGCCCUGCAGACCACUGUCAGCCGCUGGAAGUGCAAGUUCUCGGCACCCCUGCCCCUGGAGCUCUACACCUCCUCCAACUUCAUUGGCCUCUUUGUGAAGGAGGACAGUGCAGAGGUCCUCAAGAAGUUUGCUGCAGACUUCGCUGCUGAGGCUGCGUCCAAAACCGAAGUACAUGUGGAACCUCAUAAGAAGCAGCUGCACGUUACUCUGGCUUAUCACUUCCAAGCCAGCCACCUACCCACCCUGGAGAAACUAGCCCAGAACAUUGAUGUCAAACUAGGCUGCGACUGGGUGGCCACCAUAUUCUCUCGGGAUAUCCGAUUCGCUAACCAUGAGACGUUGCAGGUGAUCUACCCCUACACCCCGCAGAAUGACGACGAGCUGGAGCUGGUCCCAGGGGACUUCAUCUUCAUGUCCCCCAUGGAGCAGACCAGCACCAGUGAGGGCUGGAUCUAUGGCACCUCCCUGACCACCGGCUGCUCCGGGCUCCUGCCCGAGAACUACAUCACCAAGGCUGACGAGUGCAGCACCUGGAUCUUUCACGGUUCAUACUCCAUCCUAAACACGGCAUCGUCCACCUCGCUUAUGUUUGGUGAUGGCGUGCUAGAGAGGCGGCAGUAUGAGGACCAGGGGCUCGGGGAGACGACGCCUCUCACUAUCAUCUGCCAGCCCAUGCAGCCUCUGAGAGUCAACAGCCAGCCCGGCCCUCAGAAGCGGUGCCUCUUCGUGUGCCGGCAUGGAGAGAGGAUGGAUGUUGUUUUUGGGAAGUACUGGUUGUCUCAGUGCUUUGAUGCCAAAGGCCGCUACAUUCGCACCAACCUGAACAUGCCUCACACCUUACCUCAGCGGAGCGGUGGCUUCCGGGAUUAUGAGAAAGAUGCUCCGAUCACAGUGUUUGGAUGCAUGCAAGCAAGACUGGUGGGCGAAGCCUUGUUAGAAAGUAACACCAUCAUCGAUCACGUCUAUUGCUCCCCAUCCCUACGCUGUGUUCAGACCGCACACAAUAUCUUGAAAGGUUUACAACAAGAGAAUCACUUGAAGAUUCGUGUGGAGCCUGGUUUAUUUGAGUGGACAAAGUGGGUUGCCGGAAGCACAUUACCUGCAUGGAUACCUCCGUCAGAGUUAGCCGCAGCCAACCUGAGUGUUGAUACAACCUACAGACCUCACAUUCCAGUCAGCAAAUUAGUGGUUUCAGAAUCCUAUGACACUUAUAUCAGUAGAAGUUUCCAAGUAACAAAAGAGAUAAUAGGUGAAUGUAAAAGUAAAGGAAAUAACAUUCUGAUUGUGGCCCAUGCAUCUUCCCUUGAAGCAUGUACCUGCCAGCUUCAGGGCCUGUCACCUCAGAACUCCAAGGACUUUGUGCAAAUGGUCCGAAAGAUCCCAUACCUGGGCUUUUGCUCCUGUGAAGAAUUAGGAGAAACUGGAAUAUGGCAGCUGACAGACCCACCCAUCCUUCCCCUUACUCACGGACCAACCGGGGGCUUCAACUGGCGAGAAACCCUGCUGCAAGAGUAAGCCUAAAAGGCCUGAGAGGAAAAGGUCUUUUGGAGAAGAGUCUCUCGGGCGUUCGGUAACAGUGGAAAACUGUGCACUGCCUUCCAAGUGGACAGCUCACAUUUAACAUACUGCCUUUCACGCUUCCGGUUCUUGUGACAAGACUGCAUAAAUGAGCAAAAGGCAUGAUUCGGGGGGGAGAAAAAUCCAUCCUCUUGGGACUCUUGCCUGGCUAACGAGGCUUUGAGAACUGUCUUCCUGAACCUGCAGCAGCUGUAGCAGAAGCCCAUUCUCAUCCUGGUUCUGCUGUACAUGGCUAAGGAGCUUCCCUCCUCCCCACCGGAGCUGCCUCCCACUCUUGGGAGGGCUGCAGGAAGAAGGAGUGUGUCUGGAACGCAGUCUGGAGAUGGGACGUUCUGUUGAACUCCAUUUUCAAGUUAGGCAAAGCCAAGCUGAGAAAUCCUACUAAGGUUAUUAGAAAACAUGCCCCACAGAGAGUUGUCCUUAGGUUACACUUGAAAUUCUACUCUUAGUCGACUCCAUACAUUAGCAUCACCGGGUCCAAACACUUAAGGAGCUUAACAUUUGUCCUGGUACUUCCUCAUUUUAGGGAUGGCUUCUUGCUUCGUCUCUGAAAUGGAGAGAGAAAGCACUUCUGCUCUCCAAAGCACUUUUAGACCCUCAAGAGGAAGAUAAGAUAAAUAUGAGAUAUAUUCAAUGGUAGGUGCAGAGAACUUGCAAAAUACAAAGUACAUUGGAAUUAUCUGUGUUGCAGCCUAAUGAGCCACAGCACUUCUAAAUCACCAAGAUUUACUUGUCUCUGCUCCUAGACUCCGAUAGUGUUAACUAGUUAAGGAGGUUGACAUUUGAAAGGACUGUAUGUUCAGGACAUUAUUUGAAUCAGCAGGAAGCUCAUUCUGUGCAAUGUGCACAUCUUGACAAAACAUACCAAGGGCCAGGUUGUGGUGCCCUCCCAGUACAUGCCAACCAAACAGAAUGUCCAGAGAUGCACCAGUUGUACCAGAGAUGUAUAAUGAAGUCAGGGAACUAAUUUAGCUGACGACAGUCACGACUGCACUGCUACUUGUGCUGUCCUCUUUCUGUCUGUCUUUCUAUAAUAACUUAAAAGCUACAGGAGGUAGAGCUACUUGAGGAAAGCUAGAGAGCCACAUCCUGUGGUUUCUUAUUACAACUGCUUCCUGUAUUGAGAGGGAGUUUAUUUAAAAGAAAAAUAAAUGACAAUCAAACCAAAACAUCAGUUAUCAAUGUCUAUUUAAUUUUGUGAGUAGCUUACUGUUAGAGCCACGGACAGUGGUCUGGUGUGAUAUAUAGUUCACUGUGUAGAUUGUGUGUGCAAAGUAAAACCCCAACCAUUUAAAGGGAGUAUUAGUGUUAGACAAAUCUUUAUAUGCUGUAGCAACAUUGAAUAAGUUUUAAAACCCAGACAUGUAAGACAUAUGGUUUAUAAAAACAGACCUAUACUUGUAUUUGAAACUGAAAUUUGAAGACUGCUAGAAAAAAGGAGAAGUGAAAGGUGGUUGGCUAUGUAUGUUAGUGAACAUAAGGAUUAUGGUUGUAUUUUUUUUAAAGCAAAAGGAUUAUGGUUGUAUUUCUCACCUAGAGAAAUAUGUUAUAAAAUUUCCACUUUACGAAACAAAUUGUGGCUACUCCUAGCAUUGCACAAAGGCUGCUCCGGCUUCUGGCCAUAGAAAUAACUCUGUGCUGACAUGUUUAUAUAUUUUAACCUUAAUUUAUCUGGGAGGGAAAUAUUCCCACUAAAGUUCUUAAAACUCACAUUUCAGCUAAUUUAACAAACUUAAUGUCACUGCCAUUCAUUCUUCUGGUAUUUGUAACAAAGUGGAUCCACUAUUUAAUCUUAUCUAUAAUGUUUAUAGACUCACCACAAAUUCUCAUGGGCUUUGAGUGCUCAGAAUAAUGCUUGAACGCUUCACGUCAGAUUUCCUUGAACCCAUAGGAGUGUGUUCUGCAAUGUCUGUACUUUUAUAAAAUACAGUUCAGAAUAUAAUUCCCUCUCCAUCUCUCUUUAGAUUGUCCUACAUGUCCUGCUGAUCAUUUGGACUCACUGGGCUCCAUUCCAUUGUCCUUAGUCCAGUAUCAAUAUAGCCUUAGACAACUGUCUACCUGAGUCUAAGGAAGAAUGGAUCUAAAACAAUUUUCUGGACAAUUUAGGUGGAAAACCCUGAGUACAAGAAAAAAUAUAUUCCUCUGCUGUAAUAAUUAACUAGAUUGCUUAUCAAAAUGGCCAACUGACCUGAAUUCACAUUAAAAUCUCAUUUCACACUGACCUACUUAAAAAUUUAAAAUUGGACUCCAACUGAGAAAUUCUUUAGAAAUCAUGUUGAAUCUCUGUGUAAUAAAAGAAAAAAAUUAUAUUACCAGAUUUCAAAUUCAUGCAAAAAGUCUAGGUUGACAUUACAACCUGAAGUUCAGGCUGGUUCUUUGUGAUCUGAGGCAGAUGCUUGUUAAAACCUAUGACAUAUGGAGGAAGGACAGAAAAAAAGAGAAGGAAGGAAUUUCUAGAAAAGAAGAAUCAAAUGAUUUCUUAUACAAGGGCUGUUUUUAAGUUAGAAAGCUAUCUGAAAUAAACUAGUGGAAAUGAAAUCAGCUAAAGGCCUUAAUCUGGGAUUGCAAGCCUCUAAGUCUGCUGCCUGUACAAGAAUGUCACUUCAGUGUGCUGAGGUCCCAGUAUUGUCAUAGGUGGGACUUUGCUUUGUGUGAUUUUAAAAUGCCAUAUGGAUUCCUUGUGGACCAGAAUAAUCAGCACAUUUAAUGCUAGGCUGAGGGUUUCAUUUUCCCAGGCUCUGUUCCCCAUCACCGCCUGGGCACCAGGAGCCUCCCUAAUAGGAGUUCAGAUGACAGCAUUUCCCACUACAUUUAGAUUCAAAGAAUCUGAGUGGCUGAUUAAAUGGCCAUCUGAUGGCUGAAAGAGGGGGGUAUUUUUCUCCCUUUAGUGAAAGGCUUGGAGGAGUUUCUACUUUUUAUUUUAAUUAUAUGUUAACCA